AUGAAGUUCUCCGCCGCCACCGCUCUCAUCGUCUCCCUCGUCGGGACUGCUCUUGCUGCUCCCGCCAUGAACGUAGCCGAUGCCGCGCUCCUCAAGGAAUCGGGCACCAUGAUGAACAUGACGGAGGGUGGCUUUGCGCCGCAAAAGCAGUACAAGAGGACCCAGAUGGGCAGUGAGCAGAAUAGCCAUGGAAACACUGCGUCGCAAAAGCAGUAUAAGAGGACCCAGAUGGGCAGCGAGCAGGAUAGCCAUGCAAACACUGGCAUGGGCUUUUCGGCCAUGAACAAGGCGGCGACCGGCGAGAGGCGUCUUGUUUCCCGCGGCGAGGCAGUUGGCGCUUCUACCGCCGGUCCGGAGCGUGUUUCCGGUCAAGCAAUGGACAGCAUGGUUGGCGGAUCCAUGCGCCAAGCAAACCCGUCGACACCGAUGGUGGCCAGGAACAAGAUGGUCUAUGCCAACAUGACCACGUCCUCUGCGAAGCUUUCCCGAGACGUCCAAGGGGCCAAAGCUAUGAGCAUGGAAGAGGAUGAAUAG